AGUGGGCUUACAGCACGCUGGCUAACUUGGACGGCGACGAUUUGCCAAAGUACCCCUGGUGCCGCCCUGUUUGCACAGCUGCGCAUCUCGGGCUCAUAUAUUCAUCUCAUCAGUGCCCCGCGCUGGUUGAUCAGAGCUCACUGCGUCUAUCGCCGCCAAAUCGCCGGCCAUGGACAUAGCAGCCUCGCCGCCGAGCCAGGCGCGGCCCGCGGAACUGGACACGCUGCUGAGCUCGCCGGACCAAUACACGCCCGAGGCCAUCGCGCCCCUGGAGGCCUACGUCGCGGCGCAAGUUCAAAAUAAGCAGUACGACGCCGCGGCCAACAAGGCGCUGGCCAAACUCUACCAGUUCACGCCGUCGCGGUGCCAGGACGCCGUCCUCGCCCAGGUGCUCGCGAAGGCGCUGUGCGCCCGGCCGGCGGGCGACGGCUACAAUUUGUUGUAUAUCGUGCCCGAGGCGCUCAUCGAGCGGAGCCCGCUCUGCAAGCGGCUGGCGGAGGCCGACGCGUUGUUGGAGGCCUCGAAGUUCGACGAGUUCUGGAAAUCCGCGCGGGCCGAGCCGAGCUUCGAGAGCACGUGCCCCGGCUUCGAGGGCCAGAUGCGGCGAGGACUGCUGGAUUUGUUGAGCGAGACGUUCCAGGCCGUGCCGCUGGACCUGCUGAGCACGGUGCUCGGCUGCGACGCGGCGCAGGCCGCGGCGCUGGCCAAAGCGGGCGGCGGGCCCCUCGCGCCGUCGAGCGGCGCGUCGGCCUCAUUUAAGCCGAACGCGCAGAACCAGCAGCGCAAGGAGGUCGUCGAGAAGACGGUCGCGCUGACGUCGCUGCUGAAGCUCUACGACCCGGAAGAGCAGAUCUUCGAGGCGGCGCCCGCGACGGCGGAGUAAGUAGGUCACAUACAAA